UGUAACGUUUUUCGCCUUUGGUUUGGGCACUGUAAAGUUUGCUUUCUGCAUUCACCGAACGCCGCAAAAUGUCGCAAAUUAAAUUAGAAAUCACGGAAGACAGUACGGACGAUAUUAAUACAAGCAUGCAGAAUCUCAUCGAGGAGGCCGAUUGGUUGCUGAACAUCCUAGGAAGCCGCUCAUCAAACAGCAGUAGUAACAUCUUUGACGAUAGUAAUGCUAGCACCAGUCGAAGUAGCAUGAGCGCUAACGACGUAGAACCAGAACCGUCACUGGAACCGGAUAUCAGCGCUGCUCCGGCAUCCUCGCAACCAAACUAUGAUGUUGGCAACGAUAGCUCGGGAAGCGAUACAACCAUAGUGUUGUGCAACAACGAAGAACCCUCAGCAGGACCCUCGAAUCGGACACCCGUGAUCUCCCUGGAAGGUAACAAUUCGUUUGGGCGGGAAGUAAUCGUAAUCGGUACGCCUAUAAUUGAACCCCAACGCAGACGUCAGGUACGUCGAAACAGCUCCGCACAAGAUCAUGACGGCUCCGUGAUCGAUUUAUCGAAUUACCAGGAGAUACGACGCGAACUGCCGAUGGAACCCAUUGUUAUCCUUUCAUCGGACGAGGAAAACGACGAAGUUGCACCAGUAGCGACAAUCCAACAACCAGCGCGUCCUUCCAAUAGAAGCUCUUUUACAAUUAACAAUGUUGCCGUAUCCGUUCAUACUUCAUCUGCUCAUUCGAUUUCGUUUUAUAUGCCCAAUACAAGCCUUGGUGAUAUCAGCGUGGUUGAACCAAUGCCGGCACCAAUUCUCAACUCUACGCAGCCCGCACCUCCACCACAACAGAGAGCAACCAGCAACAGCCAAACGCAUGUGGCCGCCCAAGGGUCCCCGAAAACAUUGAACAUCAUCUGUCCGAUCUGUUACGAAAUGCUGGCAAAUCAGCAAGCCAUUUCAACUUCCUGCGGACAUGUUUUCUGUUCCAACUGCAUCCGGCAGUCUCUGCGAACUGCCAAAAAAUGUCCCAUAUGUAACAAAAAAUUGACCAAACCUUCUCAGAUGCAUCCAGUCUAUUUUGCAACAGGAUGAUAGAAUUCAGUGCCUAGUUUUGUUUUAUAUUAAUUAUUAUGAAUUUUGCAGAAAUGUAAUGACUUUGAACUCGUUUGACAAGGAAAGUGAAAGUGAAUAAUGUAAAUAGAUGAUUUGGCCAAAAUGUAAGUAGCUCUUUUAAGCAAAAUGUAAAUAGAUGUUUUGGCUGCGCCGUCUGAUUAAAAAUAAGUUGUUAAAGUCCGUUCGUAAUAAAAAGUUCCUAUAU